UAACUUUCUUGGUUUAUAACAUCAAUUACAUGUUUGUAACUUUUAGAGUUCAUGGCAUUAAUCAUGGCAUUAAUCCUCAAUCAAUUCCGGGUCCUCUUAAUUUUACAUUGUUAAUUCAAUUUACGGUUAAAAAAUAUAGACGUCCAAUUAUAUGCCUGUUACUUUUCCAGAUUACAAAUGUGUUUAGAAAUAUACGUAUGUAUGUAGUAGAAUAGGUUUCUAGUUAAGGUAUGGACGAAGGGUUGCGAUUAUAAAAGUAUGUAUAAAAAAUUAUUUUGAAAGUAGUUCUAGAGCUUUUUGGGUCUGUUGUAAUUCUGAGCCUAGGACGGGCAGCAACUUUUGCUAAUAGGACAAUAAAGUGAUAUUGUUACGGCGGGAAAAAAAAUAAUAGCCCGUAUUACAGUCAAACUAAUCAAUCAAAAUGAAGGAACAAAAUGAGGGACUGUUCAUAACGUGGUGUUAAUACUUACGUAGCAGUGGUUUGUGAGAGGCUGCAGGUUUCAGUCUCCGUGGGACAUUAGUGGAGGAAGAGAAGGAGGAGGCGUCGUUAAACCUGCUUUAAUCCCUCUGUCCUCAAUCUGUGCCUGUCUGUGCCAGAGGAGCAGGGGGAGGAGACGGGACACUGUAUACGCCUCCGCUGCCACCAAACUUUAUCGAUAAGAGACGUAAAUAAUCCUGGAAAACGACUAGAAAGCUCAUUGUUUUUAUAAGAAGCUCUCAGGAAAUAUAAUUCAGUUAUUGACCUCAGUGGAGACCUUGUUUUUUUUACUCGGGGGUAAUUCCUGUCCUUUCCUCUGGGGAUUUAAAACAUUAGCUGCCACCGCGAUGAGCGCUGCUGCUGAAAACUCUGAGCCGGACUCCGACAAACUGGAGUCAGUGAUACAGACGCUGGAGGAGAGUGUGUUGUCUGAGGAGAAGAGGCUGACAGUCAGAGGACCUUCACCUGAUGCUUCUCCUACAUGUCUGCCGGCACGAGUGCGAGAGAUUGUCACCAAGAACCUCAGCGAAGGGAGUGCCAUGUCAUCAGUCAUGUCCCUGCAGGAGGAAAACAGAGUGCUGCAGGAAGAACUGGCCAGGUUGGAGGAUCUGCUGGCACACAGCCGAGCAGACCGCGAUGAGCUGGCCAUCAAGUACAGUGCCAUAAGUGAGAGGCUGGAGCAGACGCUACGUUUUGACACAGUUGACGGCGACCAGGACUCAUCACGCAGCCUGGCUCAGCAGAAUGUGGAUUUACGCCGACGACUGGAGGAGGAGCAGGCCGCCUACAAGAGGAAACUCACGGCCUACCAGGAGGGUCAGCAGAGGCAGGCGCAGCUGGUGCAGAGGCUGCAGGCCAAGGUGCUUCAGUACAAAAAGAAGUGCGGGGAUCUGGAGCAGAUGCUGCAGGAGAAGACGUCGGAGUUGGAGAAACACAGGCCGAACGGUUUUGGUGAAACAUCAAAUGGUCGCCAUCAGGACGAAUCAAGCAGCAGCUUAGAAGAUGCCCUGAUCCGUCUGGAGGAGGAACAACAGAGAAGCAGCAGUCUGUCUGCAGUGAACUCCAUGCUGAGAGAACAGUUGGAGCAGGCAGGUUUGGCCAAUGAGGCUCUGAGCCAGGACAUCCGCCGGCUGACUGUUGACUGGACCAGAGCCAGAGAGGAGCUGGACCAGAAGGAGUCUGACUGGAGGAGAGAAGAAGAGUCUUUCAACAGUUAUUUCAGCAGCGAGCACAGUCGGCUGUUGAUUCUCUGGCGGCAGGUCGUCGGAUUUAGGAGACAUGUCUGUGAAGUGAGGAACGCCACUGAAAGGGACCUGUCAGAAAUGCGUAACGAGCUGUCCCGGGUUUCCCACUCUGCUCACGUGUCCUGCUCAGGUCUCUCUGCCACACUCCAAGGCCGCGAGGGCGGAACAGUUCUGACUCUGGAACGAGAGAAAGCUCUGAGGGUCCAGCUGGAGCAGCAGCUGAGGGAGCGAGUGGCAGAGAUGAUGACUCUUCAGAUGAGAACAGACACAGAGAGGAGUGAGCUCAGUCUCAGGUUGUCAGAUUCAAUGCGAGAGCAGGAGAGACUAAACACUCAAGUGGAAGAGAGAGAAACGGAGAUCGCUGCGCUGACGAGGAGACUGGAGGAGCAGAGCGGUAACGAAGAGACUGAAAUGCAGAUGAUGAGAACUCACACUGAAACUCUGUUGGAGACACUGAGAGACAUCGCUCAGGUGACACGGACAAAGUUUAUAUUGACAGUGUUUCUAGUUGCUGCUUCCUAUGAUUUUUCAGUCCUUGCCCUCAUGCACAGCUCUCCUCCUCACCGCUAUUCCUCUCCUCUGAGGUCGUCCUCCCCCUCUCAUUAUUCUUCAACGGCUCUUCUUCUGCCAGAAGCAGCUCUCUCUGCUCUACGCUCCGCAGUCACAAACAAGACGCUUCAGCUACAGGAUGUUCGAGGUCGUCUGCUCUCGGUCCAGUCGUCAUUACAGCAAACGAGGAAGCAGCUUUCAGAGGCAGAUUCGGCGAGAAGGUCCACGGAGCAGCAGAACCAGGCGCUGGUCAGAGAGAGGGACGCUGCUCAGAGGGAGAGGGAGAACCUGCAGAAAGACAGGGAGCGUAUGAAGCAAGAGAGAGACACCUUGGCCACUGAGAAAGCGAGCCUGGAGAAAACGGUUCACGUAGCUCAGAGCAGCAACAGUAUCCUGCUGAUGGACUGUGAGCGGCUACAGCUGCAGGUCGCCUCCAUACAGAGAGAACGGGAUGAUGAGAAGGAGGAGAAGGAGGCGGCCAUUCAGGAGAGAGACCGGGCGAAGGCAGAGACUCAGAGGAUACAGAAGCGGUGGGAUCACAGCGAGAAUCGAGCCUCAGUUCAACGUGGAGAGUUGUCUGCAGUGAAGGAAACUCACCAGCAGGGGGAGGUUGAGAGGCAGCUCUUGGAGCGAGAGAAAGCCCAGUUAACUGAGGCUCUUUCAAAGGCCGAGACCAGUAAUGCAGAGUUGUCUCUGCUCGUUAACAAGCUGCAGUCUGAAGCUGCUGCUCUCAGGGACUCUCUGGACAAACUGGCCAACAUGAAUGAGAGCCUAGUCCUGGACAAAAGCAACCUCAACACCUUCAUACUGCAGCUGGAGGAGGAGAAGACCCUUCUACUGGCCCAGAAGCGGGAAACGGAGCAGGAGAAGUUCACCCUCAAAGAUGAGCUGGUCCGGCUGGAGCAGAACCGUCUGGAGCUGGACUCUGUACGCAUCACUCUGCACCAGUCACUGCAGGAUGUGGAGCUGAGCCGAACAGGCAUGGAGGCGGAGGUUCACAGUCUCAGGGCAGACAGGUUAAAACUGCAGGAGAGAGUCACCCAGCUUUGUGGCGAGGUGACCUCUCUGGGAUCAGAGUUAAGUCUUGCCAGAGGAGCAGAACAGAGGAACGAGGUGGCCCUGGAGGAGGUGGGCCGCGGUCGAGCGGAGCUGGCUCGGGAAAAAGCGGGUCUGGUGGUGCAGCUGACGGCCUCCGAGAGAGAAAACACCGUUCUGUCAGAGGAGCUGGCUGCUUUUAGGUCUGAGCGGGAGUCUUUGGAGACCAGUCUGUUUGAGGUGCAGCAGCAGCUUUCUCAGGUGGAAUCUCGCAGAGAGCAGCUGGAAAUAGAAAACCAGAGCCUCAGAGUACGCAGUGAAACCACUGCAGGUGAGCUUGCCUGCUCUGCCUUUCAGGAAGUCAUGCGACAGAGCCUGCUGACGGAGCACGAGGUCGCUCUGAGGAAACUCAGGCAGGAGAUGGAGGAUUAUCUCCACAGGGAGCAGAGAGAGAGGGAGGAGCUGCAGGACCAACUGAGUCGCUUCCAGCACGACAGAGAUCAGAGUCUGCUGCAGGCAGAGACUGAAAAACAACAGGCUCUUUUCCUGAAGGAAGGAGAGAAAACGCUUUUGACUGAGAAGGUGUCCAGUCUGCAGGCCGAACUCUCAGCCGCAGCCCUGGAGACAGAGAGGGUUUACAGGGAAGCAGCACUUUACAAAGAGCAGGAGCAGAUCAGAGUGAGUUCUCUGAACACUGAGCUGCUGGAGCUACGCUCCAAGCUGGAGGACGCAGCAACCGAUCACGAGCGUGAACUUCACAGUCUCAGAGAGACUUGUAAGGACUGUCAGUCACGUGCUGAUGUUGCCCUCAAAGAGUUAGAGCAGUGCAGAACUUCCCUCUCGGCGAGCAAGGACAGCAGGGACCAGCUGAGACGGGACUUGUUGGACAAGGAGCGGUGUCUCAGUCAAACUCAAGACGCAGCUGAAAACUACAGGAGGGAAAGCACAGACCUACGACGCAACCUCAGUGAUGUCAGCAAGGAGAAAGAUGCCCUCAGCCAAUCAAACGCUAACCUGAGAGAAACUCUGAGAAGUGCAGAAACAGAGAGGAUCAGUGUGAAACGACAGUGUGAAGAGAAGGAACAGAGGCUGGCUGUGCUUGAAGAGAGUUUUUCAUCUGCUCAGAAGGAGGUGACGGAGCUGCGGAGCUGCCUCAGAGAUGUGGAAAGAUCACGACUCGAAGCUCGGAGAGAACUCCAGGAGCUGCGGAGACAGCUGAAGGUUAUAGACGGGGAGAAGGAGCAAAAGUCCAGAGAGGUGGCAGAGCUGCAGACACGUCUCUCCCUGGAGGAGCACAGAGAGGGAGAAAGGGGGAAGGAUGUGUUCACUCUCAAACAGAAGUUAACUGAAGCUGAAGCUGCCAGAGCCUCCCUGAAGAAGGAGCUUUCCCUAAGUCAAAAACGUCUCCUGGACUCGGAGUCGUACUGGCGCGCCUGUGAGAGAGAGCUGACGUCUCAGCUGCAGGAGGUCCGCGGCUGCGAGAAGAAGCUCCAGGAUGAAGCUAAGAACCUGUCCCUGCGAGCUCAGACAGCUCAGGACAGCGCUGCUCAGUACAGCCUGCAGCUGAGCGAGGCUCAGGGCCGUCUGACCGCCACCGAGGCUGAGCUGACCCGAGCUGAGGCCGGCAGGAGGGAGCUGGAGUUCCGUCUGAGCGGUCUUCAGUCGGCUCUGACCCGUACGCUCGGCAUCGGAGCGAACAACAGAAGAGGUCGAGGAAGAAGCCCCGCAGGGAGCUCCACAUCUCCAGGCAACAUGUCGCGUCACCACAGCAUCUCACCGAUGCGUAACUCACUCUCGCCUCCUAAAGAGUUUCAAACUAGCACCCCAGACAACACUAUAGGCUCAGGAACAGCUUCUCCAGAGAGAGGCAUCACUCCUCUGCCCCUCCCUCAACCUGAGUUGGACAACGAGACCCUGAGAAGUGGACUGAGAGACUUCAUCCAGGAGCUGCGGGACGCACAGAAGGAGCGGAGUGAUGCUCGAUGUCAACUCGGGGUCCUGCAGCGUGAGGUGGAAGAGCUGAGGCGAGAAAGAGACUCCGCCCUGAGUCGUCUCACUCAGCUACAGAACGCAGUCCAAGAAUACCAAGAAGGACAGCGGGGUCUGGAGGAGCGUCUGACCACGACUCAGAUUUUACUGCAGCAGCAGGAGGAGAUGGUGAGGAGAGGAGACAAAGAGAGGAGAGCUCUCAGCGACAGAGUGAAGGAGUUGGAGCGACUGCUGCAGGCUUCUGAAGGAGACAGGAAACACAUACAGGAUCAGCUGAAUAAGCAGCGUGCGUCCGAAGCACGGGUGGAGUCGGAGAGGAAGCGUUUGCGGGACGCACUGGACGCCACUGAAGGUCGGGCCACCAGGGUGGAGCUUGGACGUCGCAGUCUGGAGGGGGAGCUGCAGAGACUCAGACUGAGCCUGGGAGACAGGGAGGUGGAGAACCAGGCCUCCCAUGAGCGCCAUGACUCCCUGCUCAAACAGGUGGCAGAUGGAGAAGUCCGUGUUUCGCUGCUGCAGAGGGAGGUGGAGCGGCUGAGUCAGGCUCUGGUCAAAGCUCAAGAAAGUGAAUCUUUGCUCAAAGAAAAAACACUGUCUCUGAACCACAGUCUUCAGGAGGCGACAGCAGCUCACAGCAGCACACAGAGUGGCCUCGCUGCUCUGCAGAAGACACUGAGUGUGACUGAGCAGGAGAAAAACCUGCUGCAGGAACGAAUGGAUGAAACAAGGGUAUCAUCGUCAGAAGCGAGGGCCAAAAUGGCGUCCCUCUCUGAGCAGGUCCAAAGUUUCCAGUACGAUCUGAUCCAGAGUGAGCAGAGACGGGAGAAGCUGGAAGCUGAACUCAACAACACCCGGGAGGUUCUGAAUCAGCGCUCGUCCGCCCUGGUGGAAGCUCAGCGCAGCACUCAAACGGCUCAGACAGAGCGGGCGUCUGCGGAGGAGCGACUUCGUGCGCUGCAGCGAGCUGUGGCCACGCUGGAGACUGAGAAAAAAGACGCUGAGCGUCAGGCUUCGAGGCUGGAGAAGGACAAAACUGCACUGAGGAACACGCUGGACAAGGUGGAGCGUCAGCGGCUGAAGUCGGAGGAGGGCAGCAUGAGACUGACGGCAGAGAGGAGUCGCUUGGAUCGCUCUCUGAACACAGCUGAACAGGAGCUGCAGGAGGCGCAGCAGCAGAUCCUGAUGCUACAGACUCAGCUGGCCGAGGUGGAGCAGUCUCACAGUCUCUGUGAAGGUUUGGGGAGGCAGCGUGACGAGGCUCAGCGGGAGGCAGAGAGACACAGGACAGAGAUCAGAGACAUGGAGCGCACCCUGGUGACCAGAGAGAGAAGUCAUCGGCAGCGGGUCAAAGGCCUGGAGGAGCAGGUGUCCACACUGAAGGAGCAGCUGCAGCAGGAGAUAAAGAGACGACAGCCGUCUCUUCCGUCGUCCAUCCUGUCGGCCGGGAACAAAGAUGUAGCUUAGAACCAAGGUGUCUCCAACCCAUGGUCCGGGGACCAGUGCCGGUCCGUAGGUUCCUUAUUUGGUACCGGGCGGCAGUGGGACACGGUGACAAAAAUGUACUUCAGUUUCACUAAUUUACUUCAUUCCAAAAAGAAUCCAGUCAUAUUCCUGUACUUUUUUUCAUUCAAAGAUAAUCUGACAGUGUUUCAAAACAACAGGUCAAAGGUCAUUCAGACUCACAGAAGGAAGUCUAGAAGAUGUUUUAUAUCCUUCAUUGAUGGAGCGGUGUUAGCGUCCGACCAUCACCAGCAUUCAGGGAAAACAUCUAGAGCAGUAUUAACCCUCCUGAUGUCACUGUGAAAAACAUCGUCUGUUUUAUAUUCUGUUACUCUGAAGUAACACCAGCGUGUGGAUUUCACGUUGUUUUUAUUUAUCUUUUAAUAUACUUUAAUGAAGAACACUCAACCUGUGGCUCACAGACCAGGACGUGCACUGAUGUCAUCAAACAGACUCAAAAACUCAAAUCCGGAAACUGAAGCUGUCGGUUUUCACUGUUUUUUUCCUCGACGCCUUUGCAUUUUCAUGAAGAUAAAAAUAAUUAGUAUCUCACAGGUGAAUAUGAGCUCAUUAAUGUUGACGAAACUACAAUUGUUUUUUUUGUAGUAACAGACAUAUUUUCAACUGACCUCCUGUAUAUUAUUCUUAGUAAAUAUUACUAGUUUACUUUACUGUUACAUAGAUGUAUUUUUAUUAACCAUUUUCAGUAAUUCCGUGUCAUUGUUGUGCAGUACUGCAGUGUUUUCAAUGACAAUCACUUCUAUAAUAUACUCUGAAGGUAUAAACUUUACGAAAACUGUUUUUAUUUUUAAAAAAUUAAAAUUAACUCACAACUAAA